UCCGGCCCGUUGCUGUGGUGAUGCUGCUGUCGGUGGGCUCCCGGGGCUUGAGCUGCGGCCGGAGGAUCAGGAUCCGCGGGGCGUGGGGCUCCCCGGCCCCGGCCCCGGCCCCGACCCCGACCCCGACUCCGGCCCCGGCCCCGGCCCCGGCCCCGACCCCGGUCCCUGCCCCUGCCCCUGCCCCGAGCCGCGGAGCCCGCCCCGGGAACGGCAUCCCCAGCGCGGCCACCCUGGCAUUUAUCGCUGCCAUCCAGUUGUUCUCCCGCCAUGAGAGUGAGCAAGAGAACCCUGAGGAUGAGAUCAUCCUGCUGAUCAAAAAGGCCAAGCUGAGUGCCAUGAUGAUGGAGCUGGAAGAUGCUGACCGUUAUUUACACCAGGCCCUAAAGCUCGCCCAGCAGUCACAGAAUAGCCAGGCUGUCACCUACACCUUCAUACAGAUGGCCAACCUGGCGUUUCUCCGGGGAGAUCUCCUUAAUGCUGAGAAACUUUUCAAAGCAGCAAUGAGCCAGCUCUUACAAUCUGGAACUCCAGAGGAUGACAAUGCAAUGAUUGAGAUGUCCCUCAAAUUGUGCAACAUCUACGUGAGCACUGAGCAGCACGGCCUGGCUGUGGAGGGCUACAAGUGGUGCAUUGAAACGUUAGAGGAGAAGGUCCAGAGAGAGAAGGAUGUUCCUGAAGUAUCCUUAUCGGCUGCUGAGAAGGCCAAUACCCGUCUGCUGUUGGGGAUGUGCCUGGACUCGUGUGCUCGCUACAUGACAAGCCAGAAGCAGCUGGUGUUAGCAGAGAGUAUGUAUCAGCAGGCACUGGCAAUCUCUCAGCAAGUGCAGGGGGAGACUCACCCACAGACCGUUGUCCUGAUGAACGAUCUGGCCACUGUACUGGAUAUGACGGGCCAUCAGGACCGAGCCUAUGAAUAUGCCACAAGAGCCUCAAACCUGGCGCGAGAGACCAGCCACCCAGACCAAUGUGUGAUUCUCAGUAACCUGGCCAGAGUGCUCAUGCACAGAGGGGACUAUCAUGAAGCCAGAUGUGUUUAUGAAGAGGCAUUGACACUAGCAGAGUCAAGUGCUGACAAACCAGUCAUUCAACAUAUUCGCAAUGGAAUGGAGGAACUGCAGGCUAAGGCUCAGCAAUCCCAGGAAGUCAGGGAAAGUACUCAUUAAAUGGGACAACUUAAGACUAGUUUUUUCCUUGAUGGUGCAACAAUUCUCUGGAGGGAUUUUCCACAAUGUUUGGAUGUAAUUAAUGCUUUAACCAAUGACUCAGUGAGGAGUCUUCUCAUCUCAGAGUCAGAGCGUCACAUGUUCAAGCCCCAGUCCAGACACUGGAGCAAAAUUCCAAUCCACUGUCGAGGGAGCGCUACCGUGUGGAAGGGUCAGUACACUGGGAGUGUCACAGUGCCGGAGGGUCAGUGCUGAGAGAGUGCGCUCUGUUGGAUUGUCAGUGUUGAGGGAGUGCCGCACUGUAGGAGGGUCAGUGCUGAGAGAGUGCGCUCUGUUGGAUCCUCAGUGUUGAGGGAGUGCCACACUGUCAGAGGGUCAGUGCUGAAGGAGUGUUGCGUCGUCUUUUUUUGGUGAAACCUUUAAACUGAGUCCCAGCUUUAGCUGUCAGUGCCUCUGUUUGUAACAGCAGGAGUUAACAUUCAUUUUAAGGAAAGUACAUCCUGGGGCAGAGCCCUGUGUGAUUGUAGUGCAGUUAUUUUAAUAAAUUAAUCAAAACCAAUCCCAUAUCUGUGGUGCAGCCUGGGGAAGGGCAAGUGUGGAGCAGUGCUGUGAAAGCUAGUGUUUCCAAAUAAACCUGUUGGACUAUAA